AUGGCCGAUGCCACGAAUGCGAGGAACGUCCCGGGUCCAUCUGGAUUUUCUAACAAGAAGCGCAAAUCCAACACGACAAGCCCCGAUUGCGAUGUCUCCAUGGUCAAAAAAACAAGGUUUCUAAAAGAUGUGGUCUUGACGAGAUAUGGUGGAGUUUUGGAGGGCAGAGUGACCUCGAAAACACCCAUAAAGGAAUGGUCCAAAAACGGAAAAGAAGGAAAACUAUUCUCUUUCCUCAUGGCCGACGAGACAGCCCGAAUUAGUGUCAUCGUGUCAGGCGACAAGACAGAUGAAGUAUUUUCGACAAUCCAGGUCAACCACUGUUAUAGAAUCACGGGGUUUAAACCAAAGCCAGUCAAUCCUCACUUCAGUUCCACGGAUCAUGAAUGUGAAGUGACGCUCUCGAAGAUCUCGAAAAUCAAAGAAAUCGAGAGGGACGACAUCCCACAAACUCAAUCCCUCUGUUCCUCGAUUGCGAGCAUUCUCAAUAUCGAGAAAAAUUGCCUCAUAGACUUGACGGCAAUUCUAUUUGAUCUACUCCCGGUUCAGAACAUAACAUGUCGCGAUGGCUCCAUUCAGAAAAAGCAAACGGCGUUGUUGGUUGACGACUCGAAGAAAAUUGUCUCGCUCGAUCUCUGGAACAAGCACGUGGAAAAAUUAACAGACAUGGAGGGCUGUCCCGUAUCUAUCAAGUCGAUAACCGUAAAAGAGUUUCGUGGCAAAAUAGUUCUCGGUUCGAUGGCGAACACCACCUUCAACGAUGGUGAACCGACCGGCGAAACACGAAAAGAAUAUCAGAAAAAGUGGUGGCUGACGGGAGGUGUUUUCUCAGAGUUCGAGGAGCUGGAGAUACCCCUGCCGACUACCGAAUAA